GAGACCCGCGGAGGGUGUGCUCUUGUAGGGUAAAUAACAGCUGUGACAGACAUCGUCAGGAUGAGAGUGAUAUGAGGGGCGCAACAGCGGAAUACAAUUCGUAUUGUUCAUACACUUAGUCAAUGAGAAAAAUUUUCCUUCCGAUGAUUAGCAACAUAGUCGUCAAUUUUUGGCUUUCAGUUUCCUUAGUACUUUGAAUCACAAGCGGGAAAUUAAAUAAUGAGCAGCUGCUGUACUGCUAUUUGAAGUAUUGGUAUGUAUUUUGUAACAAUGUGUGUUGGAAUAUAUUUAGUGCCCUUGGCAAGUGUUACUCAAAGCUUCAUGGUUACAAGAUGCAAAGUAAACAUAUUGUAACAUGGGUUAAAAGGUGUCUGUACCAAUGCGAUCCUCAGUAAGUGUUAUUUUAUCAGAUCCAGCACCAGAUGCAAAUAUGUCUCAUCCUGACUAUGAACAGACAGCUCAUGAUCAUGCUGCAGUACUUGUACUUGUUAAACAGAUAGGAAGCCAGAUUAAGCAGAAAAAUUUUAAUCGAAUCUUCGAUCGAAUUGCACGUGUGAACCAUAUAAAAGUAGUAGACUCAAAUGGAGUGUCCCGUGAAGUUAUCUCCCGUUAUGUAAAAGACUAUCCUGUAGAAAAUAAUGAUUGGGGAGAUUACCAGACACAUCGCCGUGUUCUUGGCCUAAUUUCUGUCGGCAAAUAUGAUGGUCAACAAGAAUUGAAUGAACUGUGUAGAGUACAUGAAUCUUUGAAAGUAAAGUAUUCAUCUACGCUGUUUGAUUCACGCAGUGUACUACUUGGCCUACCUGCUUGUAAUAGCUAUGCAAUUGAUGCAUCUGGCAGUACUGGAGAUGAAAAUAUCCUUCGUACUCCUUCUAACUUCAAGACAAGAGCCCUUUUUUAUCGCGAUAGUGAAUCUUGUGAAGGUAUUGAGACUCAGGUCUCAGAGUUUCUGUCAUCACUCUUUUGGGUAUUGGAAUCCAAGCGUCUGGAGCGAAGUCGUGAAAAAAUUGAUCGGGUGUCUCUUCUGUUGGCUCCCUUUGAAAAAAAAGAUUUUGUAGGCUUGGACCUAGAAUCACGAAGUAGCCGUAAGCGAUGUGUUGGCAGGAUGACAAAGCACCUUGGAGACUUGUCACUUCAAGCAGGAAUGCUAGGAGAUGCUCUUAGCUACUACAGUUCUGCUGCUGACAUUUUGCGCUCAGUAAAUGAUUGGUUAUGGCUGGCUGGAGCUUUUGAAGGCUUGUGUGCUGCAUCCGUGGUUGUACUAUAUCCUGAUUUAUCACGAAGUGUUCCAUUACAACGAAAUGCAUCACUACAAGAGGGCAGCCCUGGCAAACAAAGAUCGAAUUCUUUGUAUAGUAAUUCAUUGCCCAAUGGUAUUACACCACCUGAAAUGCAACAAGAUAUUCAGAAUGUGCUACCACAAGAGGAAAUUCCAAAGCGUUACAGAGAGGCUAUCAUUCAUUACAGCAAGUAUCAAAAUGCUGGCGUUAUUGAAACUGAGGCAUGCUUUAAAGCAGCUAGAGUAGCUGUUGAACAAGGAUAUACGUUGCAAGCUGCAUCGUUUCUCCAAAAUGUCAUUUUUAUUAACUUACCAUUAAAUGAGCAAGAAAAGAUUCAGAGAUUCACAAAUUUAUCAGAGUUGUACACACAGAUUGGAUUCCACAGGAAAGCGGCUUUCUGCAAGAGGUUAGCUGCAACAAGAUACGUAUCUGCUCAGAAUCCUCAACCAAAUUGGUCUCAGUGCUAUCAUUUAAUGUUGCAAGCGUUAUCUGGCCACAAACUUAGUCUGGAUCCUACUGAUUUCCCUAAAGAUGGCAGUGUGCACGGAUGGCCAGUUCUCCAAGUUCAACUUGUGCAGGAACUGGUUGUAGCUGCCCGACGUAUGGGCCAUUCAGCAUUAGCAACAAGGCACACUACAUUCCUCCUCCAAGCUCUUUGGGGUGCAUUGUCUCAAGCAGAACGUAAGGACCUCGCUAUGCAGUUACAAGCAUUGGCAGCACAGUGUGAAGGAGCACCAGUACCACUUGUUCUUGACUCUGGGACUGUAGUACCACCAGCGAAUCUUACCCAUCUACCACAGUUGAAGUGUUUCACUCUUCAAAAUUUAGUACCACAUCUUCGACCACAGAAAAUAGAAAAACUGAAAGAGGAUUCAGGCCCAUUUCUAUUUACACCAAUUCACUUUGGUUCACUAGACAGGAAAAGUACAUCAUCAAGUUCUAAAAUGGAUUACCUUUGGGUCGUUGGAGACACAUGUGAAGUUCAUAUGGAAUUUUACAAUUUGCUGCCGAUGGAGUUGAUGGUUUCAAACAUGCGCCUCCUAACUAAUGGAGCUGUGUUUGAGAGCAUACCGUCAUCUCUUUGUCUUCCACCAGAAUCUGGGCCACAUCCCAUCUCUCUAUCUGGCAUUCCAAAAGAACAUGGCGAACUAGAAAUACUAGGUUAUUCUACUCACACAUUAGGUGUGAAAUCAAACUGCAGGUUGCGUCAUAUAGCAGGAUUCCCUCAGACGCAUUUUUCGGUAGACAUAAUUCCAGCUUUACCUCAAAUGCAGGUUUCAACAUCACUACCAAAAAGUACAACAUUCAGCUCAUUAGGAGCAGCAGCACAUGUUGUUACAAGUGCUAGUAUCACACUGUAUGCUGGUGAAACUGCGGAGUGCAGUGUGUCCAUCAGCAAUGUUGGAGAGCAGCCUAUUGAGAUGCUGGAAGUGUCUGUGCAGUCUACAUUGGAGCCAAGUGUCCAGCAAAAAGUUUUCCAAUGGAGCCAAGAAAACCUUCAAGCCCAGCUUCCAUUGCAACCUGGGGCUACUGCCAGCUUCACUGUCUACCUGUAUUGUGUAGCAGAUUUUCUUUCUCCUGGAUUUUUUAAUGAAAAUGAGAUGAACAGUCUGAUGACCGGAAGCCAACCAGUAAGCUCAGUGUCAGGUCCUAGCUCUCUCCCAUCUCGACUGAGUUCACCAUCAUUAAGCAAAGACCAGUACCUUCCCAGGAGAGCCGAAAUAAUGUCAUCUUUCAGGUCAGCUGCAAGCAGCAAUUCUGGCAGUAGUGCGAGCUCAUCCAGGUUCAACACUCUUAAGAUGUCCUCCCCAACCACGCCCAAGGUUCUUGAAGGUCAGCUGAAGUUGCGCUAUUCUGGGGGUCCUGGGCUGACAGAUGGAUAUUGCCGUAUGUGUGCUGUAUCUGUCACUAUAGAAAUGCUGCCAUCCAUCUACAUCACUAACUGGGAUGUGCUUCCUGCAGAAACGAGUGCACAGUUUUAUUUAGUUCUUGAUGUGGCGAACAGCACAGGAUAUGAAAUGGAAUUGCAGUAUACGUCUUCAAAAUGUAUACUCAUAGAAGCUAGUGAAUCUUGUAGGAUACCCGUACCUGUCAACCGUUGCCCUCUUUCAAAACUUGCUAAGCUGUAUCAGAUAGAGAAACUAACUGCAGAAGAACAACAGGAGCUCGACGCAGUGUGUAAUGAUCACAUUGCUUCUUUUGUGGACUUGCGAUGGCGGAUGCCAGCUUCUGACACAAAGGGUCGUAUCUCUCUGAGUGGUAUAACCCUGACCCCUGAAAUGCUUGACCUUGUUCGCAUGUCACCACUGCAGUGGGAAAUAACUAUAAAUCAACAGCCAGUGAAGUCCCAAGAGGAAGUGAGUUGUCAUACAGGACAGUGCCUGCAAUUAGGAAUCACUGUCUUCAACUAUUUGGAAAGACCACUGUGGCAAGUUGUGAUGACAGUACAGUUCUAUCAAGAUCAUCAAAAUGGUGUCAAUAAUUAUCGACUAGAGACAAGGCUGGCUUGUGCUGGCUCAACGAAGGUUCUGCUACCAGAGCUGGUAGAACAAGGUAAUGCAUACCAUGAAUGCAGUGUCAUUUUCUUCACACCAGGUCAGUACAAAAUUGAUAUUCAAUGUCUAUCACAAGAUAAUGAUGAAAAUUUACAAGACAAAAAUUUAGCCUUCAGUGACGUAGGACACACAUGGAAAUACAUACCACCUGUUACAAUAACAGUUGUUGAUGCAGAAUAAAUGGGUUUAUAAAUUCAUUCAGUUUUAAUAAUUUCAGCUGUUUCAGCUGAAAGGACAGCUACAAUAUUUACUCACUUAAGUUGAGCAGUGCUGUGACAAUAUAUAGGAAACUAAAAGUUCAGUUUAGUUACAUGUUGUAAAUACAUUAUUUGUGCCAUAAAUGUAUUAAGCAGAUAAUAAGAAACAAAACAGUACAUAUGUAAAUAAAAGCAGUUCUAGUUUAUUGUAAACUUGUUGUACAUUUGUGAUGUAAUUAGUUUACAGCUGUUAACAAAACUGUAUCAGAUGUGUAAACACUAUACUGAUGUCAGUGGUCGAAGUAAAUCAUUUUUAUAGAGAUUUUUUUCAGUAUUUGAAUUAUUUUUUACCCUAUAUAUUUGAUAUCUUUUCAGGAGCUCAUUCCUUGUAUCAAAAUGUGUAAUCUACUGACCUCCAUCUGUUCAUGUUAAACAAAAAGAAACCCCUUGAAA